GUCAGAGCGGCAGGCCUCCAUUAGAGCUGCAGCUGUUUGGAGAGGAACAACAACAACAAAAACGGGGCCGAGAGACGGAGCGGCCAACGGUGACAGUCCGCUCCAAGCUCGACCGACGCGGCCUCCGUUCUGGAAGUUGAGCCCCCUUUUCCCACCCGGAGCACCGCCGGCUUCUAACCACGGCCGCUCUCGGUGAGGAAACUCUGGCCUCCGCUUCCUCCUCCUCCGACUCGGACACCGGCGGAGCGUCGCCGCCCCCGCGGAAGAAGCACCGAGCCUCGGCGGCGGAGGGAGCAGGAGAGCCCGGGGCUUCAGCGGUUGUGCCAGGCCUUGCCGGAGUUGUCUUGGGACUCGCAGCCACAUCGACCAUCCACUUGAACCGCAGCGCCGUCGGCUACUUGAGCAGCAGCAACAGCAGCAUGCAGGCGAACGGAGCGGGGCAAGAAUCGGGCGAGCUUUCCUGUCUGGCCUCCGCGCAGAACGGCGAGGCGGCUGCGGCUGGUAGUGGUUGUGGUGGCGGCGGUGGUGGUGGGUCGCACUCCAACGGGCUUCUUCUCGCCGGUGCGGACAACGGUAACGGCGUGGGCUCAAGUAACGGCUCCUCGUCGUCCACCUCCAACGCUUGUGGGACUUCUGCCGCGGCCUCUUCGGGCUCGGAGGUGGGCUCGCUGAAGAAAAAGAAGCGGUUGUCGCAGGCAGAGGAAGAUGUCAUCCGGCUCAUAGGUCAACAUCUCCACGGACUGGGGCUCAAUCAGACGGUGGACCUGCUGAUGCAGGAGUCGGGCUGCAGACUGGAGCACUCGUCGGCUAGCAAGUUCCGCAACCAUGUCAUGGAGGGCGAGUGGGACAAGGCUGAGAAUGAUCUCAAUGAACUGAGAGCCCUGAUGCAUUCGCCCAACGCCAUUGUGCGUAUGAAGUUCUUGCUGCUGCAACAGAAGUAUUUGGAGUACCUGGAAGACGGCAAAGUCCUGGAGGCUCUGCAAGUGCUCCGCGGGGAGCUGACGCCGCUCAAGUACAACACGGACCGCAUCCACGUGCUCAGCGGGUAUCUUAUGUGCAGCCAUGCUGAGGAUCUAAGGGCCAAGGCGGAGUGGGAGGGCAAAGGCACGGCCUCCCGCUGCCGAUUGCUGGACAAAUUACAAACGUACCUGCCGCCGUCCGUGAUGUUGCCCCCGCGGCGGCUGCAGAACCUCCUGCGACAGGCGGUGGAGCUGCAGAGGGACCGCUGCCUCUAUCACAACACCAAGCUGGAUAGCAGCCUGGACUCGGUGUCGCUGCUCAUCGAUCAUGUCUGCAGCAGGAAGCAGUUCCCAUGUUACACGCAACAGAUUCUGACCGAGCACUGUAAUGAAGUGUGGUUUUGCAAGUUCUCAAACGACGGCACCAAGCUGGCCACGGGCUCCAAAGACACCACCGUCAUCAUUUGGCAGGUGGACCCGGAGAGCCACCAGCUGAAGCUGCUGCGGACUCUGGAGGGUCAUGCGUACGGGGUCUCGUACCUGGCCUGGAGCCCAGACGACACCUACCUGAUUGCCUGCGGACCCGACGACUGCUCUGAGCUGUGGCUCUGGAAUGUUCAGACGGGGGAGCUGCGCACCAAAAUGUCGCAGUCCCAUGAGGACAGUCUGACCAGUGUGGCCUGGAACCCUGACGGCAAACGCUUUGUCACGGGAGGACAGAGGGGCCAGUUCUAUCAAUGCGAUCUGGACGGCAACCUGCUGGAUUCGUGGGAAGGCGUGAGAGUGCAGUGCCUGUGGUGCCUGAGCGACGGCAGGACAGUGCUGGCCUCAGACACCCACCAACGUAUUCGGGGCUACAACUUUGAGGACCUCGCCGACAGAAACAUAGUCCAGGAGGACCAUCCUAUCAUGUCUUUUACUGUUUCCAAAAAUGGAAGAUUAGCUGUGUUAAAUGUAGCAACUCAGGGAGUGCACUUGUGGGACCUACAGGACCGAGUGCUGGUCAGGAAAUACCAAGGUGUCACCCAGGGCUUCUACACCAUCCACUCGUGUUUCGGGGGACACAAUGAAGACUUCAUUGCCAGUGGCAGCGAAGACCACAAAGUGUACAUUUGGCACCGGCGGGGCGAGCUUCCCAUCGCGGAGUUGAUGGGCCACACGCGUACCGUCAACUGUGUGAGCUGGAACCCGACCAUCCCGGGGCUCAUGGCGUCCGCCUCGGACGACGGCACGGUGCGCGUCUGGGGCCCUGCACCCUUCCACGACUCGCAAGAAGCUGACGCGCUCAACGAGAACUGCAGUAACAUGGACAGUUGAUGGACACUUCAACCCACCAGUACUCCUCCAUAAAAAAAAUCCAAUCUCAACACCCACCCAAAACGUACGCCGAGGCAAAAACAAACAAACAAACAAAACAAAGGAGCGUGCAAGCCACCAAUACAAAAAAAAGAGAGACUGACACUGGGAUGCAGAAGACAGACCUUGAUGAUGGACAAUUUGGUGUCCUCAUCUAAAAAAAAAAACCUGUCUCCCCCUUAACCUUUGCUCCUCCAGUGAAGUGAGGACGCAACACACCAAGAGGUGAAGCAGCAGAGCCCUUCGAUCCUCAGCUGACCGCUUCCACACCACUUUGCAGUCUAGCUGUUGUCAAUUGAACGACAUCUGUCCAUUUGUCUCCUCUCGCCUCCAUUGGAAAGAAUGGUGGAAGGGACAGCGUUUUCUCAAAAACUACACUACGACUACUAAAGUGUGGGAUGUGGGCUUUUGGGUGAAAUUGCACCGUGAACCUAAAAUGCAUCAUCACCUUUCCAGGUCCAAUUCGUUUGACCUUCUCGCAACUUGGGUUGUGACUUUGGCAGUGCCCAAUUUGUGCACAAAAGUCAAAUUAAGAUCAGCUGAUAAGGUUAGCUAGACACUGGUGCCGAUUUUUUUAUUUUUUGCCCCGCCUGUCUUGAGAUGCAAGUGGGAAAAAAAUUGAGGUACCAGUGCACUUCAAAUCCCUGCCGCUAGUAGGCAGUAAAUGUUACAACAUCCAGCCACCAUCAAUUCACUUUGGUUUCCUUGCAGUGUAAGGACAGUACCUAUUGGUGGCGUUGAUACGCCAUUAAGCUGCUUUUUCAUUCUAGCUCGCAGAAGAACAAGGAAGGACAAUACAUUAGCGCACAUUUUCUUGCUAGCCAAUUUUGUAAGUUAUGUACAGUACCUCACUGUUGAGUGCAAUUUUUUUCUGAUGGAAAAAUAUGUAAAAAAUUUGGGUCGUUUUUUGGGGUGGGGAGGGGGCAUUCACGGAUUCCCUUGUUGCUAGAUUUUUGGGGGAUCCUAUUCCUGUUAUAGUCCCCACCAAUUAGUAGUAUUAUAGUCCCAUUCCCUUCCUUAUUUUUUAUUAUUACUAUUUUCUGUUACCCCGCUUAUUGAGAUCUCCUUUAUACCAUGUCUUUUUUUCUUUUUCUCCCCCCCCCCCAUCCGCCGCACAAAUAGCAGGAGUCCACUGCCCUGUGUAUUUUGAUAAAAGAGCAUUUUUUCUGACCCCCGAAAAAUGUUUAAAAAACCAAAUUGAAAAAAAGGCAUUGGAACAGAUGGACGUUUCCCUUUCAUUUCGAUGAGACGCCAAGCGUGCUCGUCGAAUGAAUCUGUCAUGGCAACACUGUAGCGCAUUUUAGGUUGUUUUUGAAAUUUCACCCAAACGCCCAGCAUUCUCAACUUUGUUGCAUUAGUGUAUUGUCUUCCCAUUACAACACACGCACACACAAAAAAAUGUUUACUGAGAUUUUUUUUUUAACUUACUUUUAAACAACAGCCCGAACAUAUUUUCUUUUCGCGAGACUCAUCUUGAUUCCAUUUUGGUUUCUGUGGCGAGCGAGGAUUGUCCUCACGCCAGACUCUGCCCCUCACCCAUCGUGUCUCCCCCUUUCCUGACAUUUGCUGCUGCUGCUUCUGCUGCUGCUGCAGCACAAUUGCAUCCGCCUGAACAGGGAGGACGCUGCAUAUCAGUGUGCAUGUGUGCGCGCUUGUGUGAUAGAGGGCCGUCAUUUUUUGAGACAAACUGUGACCCCCUGCCCCCCUACCCCCCAAAAAAAAUUUAAGUCCGUGUGUUUAUGAAAAGGAGUUCGAGUGUAUAUUCCAUAGCCUCGAUGUCCGGUUUAAGAGCCAUAUACUAGGAUUGUCUUUGUCCUCACUGGUAGAACAACUCAGCGCACGACUAGAAUGCCUGGAAGAUUUUUUUUCCCCGCUGCCACUAGUGCCAAUUUUGACCGACUAGUAUGCAAUUAAGCCUUACUGUGCUGCACGAGGACCUGCACGAGGCCUAACUUUUAGGCAUUUGUCACACACUAGUAGCCUCCUGGACCCUAUGAGUUAGCACCGAAAUCUCCACUAGUAGUUUUGUCUCACUAGCAACAUAUACUCGUAAAGAUGUACAGUAGUGGAAAGGCAGUCGUCGAAAAAUGUUGCAUUUAUUGGAUAUCCAACUUCAGGUCAUGUGUGCUCUUAUGCGCUUUGUACUUGUGAGUAAAAUGAAUCAGCACACUAGUAGAAGUCUGUUGAACUGCCGUGGCUUUCAUUAACAAUCAUUCAUUUUUGCAUUUCAGCGGUAGCCAGUUUAAGAGUUAUGUUAAUGAGUUAAGAGCCAGUUAUGUGCUUUUAUUAGUAGGACUAGUACGCUGAAAUGUCACACUGUCGUGGGGAAAACAUAAGUGGGAAGACCCAGUCAGUCUCCGGGAGGACUGAGUCGUUCAGUUGUGAGAAGUUGUCUUACUCGUGAGGAUGGAGUGGACUAGUACAUUGAUCUUUUGAUGGACAUCAAGGAUGUGGAAUAAAUUCUCAGAUGACUCUGUCUGUGUGUGCGUGUGCGCACGUGUGUAUGUGUUCAGUUCGCAAACUUCGCACCAGCAAAAAAUUCCCCCCCGCACCACCUCCCUUUCUGAGCCUUCUUAAUCCCACAGUCAAAAUGAAAGACAAUUAUUUUUUCUAAAAAAAAGUUAUCCAAAGCCCUCGGGACCUCGAUCUGUAGAACAAAAGAAUAAUACUUGAGAGCCAUUUUUUAAUUUAAAUCUGAGAUAUAUAAUUAUUAUGAUUUACACUAACACCAUGUGGCAUUGGAAGUGCACUGUGUUGACAGCAGUUGGAAGAAAAGCAUUUUAUUUUUAUUUUUUUUAACGGAGGACAACAAUAUUUACUGACUGGGAAGAGCAAUUUGCAGUUUCAAAAACACGCACACAAACUGCCUUCCUGCAACAAACAAAACCCAAUCAACCGUUUCCCUUUUUUGUCAUUAAUUUACUGUAAAGUGGGAGAGGUCGUCGAGGCAAUUUAAUUUGAUUGAACUCUCCCCCGAAUUGACUGAUUCGAUUUUUAUUAUUUUUUAAAAUAUGCCCAGACAAACGCCCUCCUGUCUGCCAGUCGUUUCCAGUGGUCAGCGUCCAUUCAGAAGCUUUCUUUCUCGCCCCUUUUUUUCAGGGUUUGUGACGAUGAUUUUGCCACAGACAUUUUUCAAGUUUCAAAAAGAGUGCUUUACUGUCUUGUUUUUAUUGAAUAUUUUGUUAUUUUAUUAUUUUUCCCCACCCCCCACAUUAUAUCCCCCACCUUGUAUGAUCAUAUUAAAGUAUAACCAGUGA